GAGACACAGAGAAAAAGAGGUUCAGAAAGCAGAGCCCUCAUAGGGUAGCAGCAUCUCAACAAAACACACACUCACACGCACACACACGCUUACAGAAGGAGCAGAAAAACAAAGAAGCCACACACUUGAAAAUCACCUCUGCAGAAGAAACAGCAUACACAAAAGCCUUGAGAUGGGGCCCGGAUUGUUCUGGAACUUCCCCUCCAAGACUAGCUGCACGGUUUCACAGACCCUGCUGCAGACGAUGUUGCUCUCCAAGAUGGCUGGCAUGAAGGAACAGCAAUUCAUCGAGGAGAAGCCGCUACUUCCAGAAACCAGAGGCCAGGAGACAGAAAUGGCGAGAGGAGCGUGUGUGAACGCAGGACCCUCACCCCAGCCAGCACGCCCUACCCGCAAGUGGCAUGAGAUCGCUCGCCAUUGGCUCGGUGUGACACGCCGCCACCGGACCAGCGGGGGGUGCAUCCCGGAGAACUGUGAAAGCUUCACACCCAUAGGAGACUGGAAGGAACAUGACAUUGAGACUCCCAAUGGGAUGCUGCAUGUGGUGAUCCGCGGGGCUCCAAAGGGCAACAAACCUGCAAUUCUCACCUACCAUGAUGUGGGACUCAAUCAUAAGCUGUGCUUCAACACUCUUUUUCAUAAUGAGGACAUGCAGGAGAUCACUAAACACUUUGUGGUUUGCCACAUUGAUGCUCCUGGCCAACAAGUCGGAGCCCCUCAGAUGCCAGCAGGGUACCAGUACCCCACUAUGGACCAACUGGCGGGUAUGCUGCCCAGCGUCGUCCAGCACUUUGGAUUUAAGAGCAUUGUGGGAAUUGGAGUAGGAGCCGGUGCUUACAUCCUUGCCAAGUUUGCUCUGAUCUUUCCUGACCUUGUUGAGGGUUUGGUUCUGCUCAACAUCGACCCGAAUGGGAAAGGAUGGAUUGACUGGGCUGCUUCCAAACUAUCUGGACUGACCAGCACACUGCCUGACAUAGUCCUACCUCACCUCUUCAGCCAGGAGGAGCUGAUGAACAACAGCGAGCUGGUGCAGAGCUACCGACAGCAGAUCAACAACACCAUCAACCAGUUCAAUCUGCAACUCUUCUGGAACAUGUACAAUGGCCGUAGAGAUCUGGAGAUGAAUCGCAGUGGGACUGUGAUAAACGCCAAGACACUCAGAUGCCCCGUGAUGCUGGUGGUGGGAGAUAAUGCUCCAGCAGAGGAAGGCGUGGUUGAGUGCAACUCCAAACUGGACCCGACCAACACCACUUUCCUGAAGAUGGCUGACUCGGGUGGACUGCCUCAGAUCACACAGCCUGGAAAACUGACAGAGGCCUUUAAGUACUUCCUGCAGGGGAUGGGAUACAUCGCGUCUAUAAAGGAUCGGAGGAUGAGUGGAGGACCAGUGCCCUCAGCCAGUAUGACUCGGCUGGCUCGCUCUCGCACUGCCUCUCUGACCAGCGGUGGCUCCGUGGACGGCUCUCGCAACCGAGCGUGCACACACUCGGACAGCACCGAGGGUGUGGGUCAGCUCAGCCACACCAUGGAGGUGUCCUGUUGAGCUCUCUCGCACACAAAUACACACACAUAUACACAUACAGUAUACACAAAAAACACAUGCGUAGAUGGAGGUCAUGGAACAGAUAGCAGUAGGGACUGAGUUGAAGGAAAGGGCAGAGAUUUGUUCCUCUGUGUGUUUCUGUUCUGUAAAAUGACACACUCCUCCAAUCUCUCUCCUGUGUGUUUCAUGGCUUCAUGGUUUUUUGCUCAAAGUGUAUUCGUGUUGUUGCUCCAGCAUCUUCUGUCCUGCUUACGUCACGUGAGCCCUGAAAAUAACUCCCAUCGUUCCCUGCUCUCGUGUCCUUUCACAGUCUCCAAGAGUGACUGGUUGCUUUAAAGCACAUAUGGAUUUUGAGUAAAAAAAAAAAGAAAGAAAGAAAGAAAGAAAGAAAGAAAGAAAGAAAGAAAGAAAGAAAGUAGAAACAAAAAAAAUGGAGAAAUUCAUGACUAACCAGUGAGUUUGAUGUUUUUAUUAAGGUCUUUAUAAUCUCCCUGACAUACCAUUAACUGUGGUUGUAAAUACGUAAAGAUGUUUUCUCCUCUAUUUGUCAAAUAUAUUAAGGUCUUUAAAUAUACAAUGCAUAAGUGUUUUUUUUUGUUUUGUUUUGUUUUGUUUUGUUUUUUUAGUUCAAGUAACCCGGGGGGCAGAGUUACUGCAGUGAUUUCCUUUGAAAACCCUGUAACAAUAAAGUAACAUAACUUUGGCUCUACUAGCUGGCUAAUAUUCGGUAUGUAGCUAAGGACAAAAAACCCUUAGAUUGAAUGACAAAAUACAUUGAGGGCACCAAUAAACAUAACACACCAAAUGCAUCCAGAUUGUGCUUUGUUUUUCAUUCUGUCUUUUCUUUUUUAGCUAGAUAUUAAGCUAUAGCUGAUGUUUGUCAAGAAGCUGGCUACUCUUGGGUCUGAGAUUUUGUUGAACUGCAAGUAAUUUUAUUCAUGAAUUUCUCCAUCUUAGAGUUUCUAAGCAGGAAGCAGGUUGAGGGAUGUCAUCUGGCAACGUACAAUAAUUCCGGUUCUCUGUCUUAGCCAUGAGCAGGAUUGUUUGAUUGAGGCUGCAGCCAAUCAGGUUUUAAGAUGUUAGUUCUUAGCCAAUCAUCACAGCUCAUAUGCAUUUCAAAUACUUCUAAAAUCUGUGCUAGUGACUACACCAAGUAGUACACUUACUGUAUUGCACACUACUCUACCAGUGACUACACCAAGUAAUACACUUCCUGUAGUGCACACUACUCUACCAGUGACUACACCAAGUAAUACACUUACUGUAGUGCACGCUACUCUACCAGUGACUACACCAAGUAAUACAUUUACUGUAGUGCACGCUACUCUACCAGUGACUACACCACCUGUAGUACACUUACUGUAGUGUGCACUACUCUACCAGUGACUACACCACAUUUAGUACACUUUUAGUAGUGUGCACCACUCCACAAGUGUGCAUUACUCAUUUAGUCACUAUUAUUUGACUUUAUUAUACACUGCAUUGUUGUUUUCACUAACUUUAGCGCACAUACCUACCUACCACUGAAAUACUUUCUUCAACCAAAUGUAGUACACUAAUUGUAAAGUACACUAGCUUGAGUGUGCAUUACUUUAUCUGUUUAUACGCCACCCAGCCUAGCAAAGAGUGUAUUAGUGUUCACUACUUUACCAAAGAAUCCUGGUAGUGCACCCUUAUAUAUUCUUUUAACUUUAUUAUGGUAAUUGCAGUGUACACUACCCUAGCACUGACUUCUCCACUCUACCCUAGUCACUAGAUGCACUGUUCUAUCAAUCAAUAUUCAUUACCUUUUAGUAGGCUCAUUGUAGUGUGCAUUCCCCUCUGGCAUAGAAGUGGUUUUGCCUGGGAUUGGUUCAUCGGUUUCCUUUUUUUUAGACAAUCACAAUUCAACCUGAACCAAACCGGACCCGCAAACUGAGGCUGAACCUGUGUGCAGGCAAAGAGGUCGUAGGUCAUAAGGCAGUCUGUACAGUGUCUAGUUCAAAGGAAGUCUAUACCAAAGUAACACACACACACACACACACACACACACACACACACACACAUACACAUACA